GUACCUCACAUCGUCCUAGCCUUUGACUAUUCUCGGCCAAGAACCAUUCCCUUACGAAUCCUAAAUCCGCUUAUUACUAUUGUCCAUGUUCUUAUUAUUGAUCUCGGCCGAUUUGCUGUCUCAACCCCCCACCCACAUUGUCAUUCGCUGUGUGCACCUGUCACUACUUGCCGUCACCACAUUCAGGGUGCAGGAUUCUUUGAACAGGACUUACUUUAUCCUCUUAUUUCUCCAAUUCCUUGUGCUCUUUUGGGAACUGGGAUUUGCAGGGAUGACGAUCCACCCUGUGAGGAAGAUUAUGAAAGCGGUUGGAUUUCAAUCAGAAUUCGUAUCACAUCAGAGGAGGCCAACACAGAUACUAGUGGAUUCAGAAUUAUUCCCCUUAAGACUAAGAAGUGUGAGAACUUGAAAUAUUCGAACCGUGUUCAUGUGGGGCUGUAA